UCGGUAGAGACGAGAUCAUCAUGGACCUUAUCUAUCAUGAAAAGCAAGAUGGAUUACUCUGUGCUCAGCAUUGCCUUAACAACCUGCUGCAAGGACAGUACUUCAAUGCCGUAGACCUCGCAGAAAUAGCCCAAGAAAUGGACCAAGCAGAACAGCGGCACAUGGCUGAGUUUGGCAUGCAGACAGAGGACUUCAGACGAUUUAUGGAGCAACCUUCUGUGAACAUGGAUGACACUGGGAUGUUUAGUGUCCAGGUGAUCACUUCUGCGUUGAAGCUGUGGGACCUGACGCUUGUUCCAUAUGAGUCAUCCAGUAGUUUAGCCCAGAAGGCACGAGGCAACCCCACGGAUCAGCAGGCUUACAUCUGUAAUUUCAAGGAACACUGGCUGACUCUGCGAAAGCUAGGCUACCAGUGGUUCAACCUCAAUAGCCAGCUGCCCUUCCCAGAACCCAUCUCCGACACAUACCUGGCACUCUUCCUCAAACAGCUUCAGCAUGAUGUUGAGGGCUCAUUACCUCCUUCUGAGGCAGACGAAACCCUCCGUCUCCACCCAGCAAUACCAGCAACAAAACCCAAACUUCUCAUAGAGGUAUGUGUAGAUUUGAUAUACUUUAGCUUUAAUCAAGAUUUUGUAGUUAAAUGA